CGUAGCGAAGUCUUGAUAAAAACCUCUUGCUAGAGCAUGCGUGAUGGAUCACGCAUCCAAGGACAGUCGUGGUAUGAUAACUGAACUAGCUUCAACGACGCUAGUUCAAGUCGCGUUAAUAUUUUGCAACUGCCGUCUUUUUUUCUUUGUUGUCUGUUGAACUCGUGUACAAAGUACAUAGCUACUAUUAAUCGAUAUCAGUCGGUGCCAGACGUCGCGAUCUUAACGUUCGAUAUUUCACGAUUGGAUUUAAUGAAGAAUUGAGGUAUAAGUGCGUGCGCGAAUCGGCGCCGAAAUUUUCAAAUUCGCCAAAAAGAGUACCAUGAAAUACGUCGCGGCACUUGACGUCGGUACCACUACGGUACGCUUCCACAUUCUGGAUGAGAAAACAGUCACGGUAGCUUCCUCAGCGGAAAAGAUAAAACUGAUUUAUCCAGAACUUGGAUUUGUGGAAAUAGAUCCGGAUCACUUAUGGCAAAUUAUAAUAAAAGUAAUCAAGGAUACAUUAAAGAACAGCGAGAUCGAUCCGAAGUCUAUCGUUUGCUUUGGAAUUUCAUCGCAACGAGCCAGCUUUAUUACUUGGAAUUUGAGGACUGGAAAGCACUAUCACAAAUUUAUAACAUGGAAAGAUCAACGAGCGUCUGCUCUGGUUAAUGAAUGGAAUCAGUCGAUGACGAUGAAAAGUUUUCGAAUAGUCUCGCGUAUUUUGCAUACUGUUACAAGAAAUAACCGCUUUCUGGCCGGUAGCGUGUUGAAGUUUAUGAAUAUGCAGGUUAACUUGAAAUUAGUAUGGGUUCUUCAGAAUAUAUCAGGUCUUCGAGAAGCAGCAUCUAACGGAGAAAUGGCAUUCGGAGGUGUAGAUUGUUGGCUUUUAUACAAAUUAACAGGAAAGCAUAUAAUGGAUGUUUCAAGUGCUUCAGCCACUGGUAUAUUCGAUCCAUUUCAAAUGAAAUGGUCCAAUUGGCUGCUAAAUAUGUUACAAUUACCACACAAUAUUCUUCCAGAAGUAGUAGAUACAGCGGGCAACUUUGGAAUUAUACCCGAAAGUUUGUUCGGAGCUGAAAUUCCCAUUUAUUGCUCAAUGGCCGAUCAAGCAGCAUCCUUAUUUGGUUCAGGAUGUUUCAAGCCCGGUGAUCUUAAAGUUACUAUGGGAACAGGUACUUUUCUAAAUGUCAAUACAGGACGGGAACCACAUGCAUCAGUUGCUGGACUUUAUCCAGUUGUUGGAUGGCGAAUCGGAGAAGAACUAAUAUAUAUUGCAGAAGGAUCUUCAAAUGACACUGGUAUAUUAAUUGAAUGGGUUAAAUCAAUAGGAAUGGUGAACGAUGCUACAGAAACAGCUGAUAUGGCAAACUCAGUCAAUGACACUGAUGGAGUAUAUUUCAUCCCAGCAUUCAGCGGACUACAAGCACCUAUAAAUGAUUAUACAGCCGCAACCGGUUUCUUAGGAAUAAAGCCUACCACGAAAAAAGAGCAUAUCGUUCGAUCUUUAUUAGAGAGUCUCGUUUUUAGGAUUCAACUACUUCACGAAUGCUUGCGCAAUGAAACUUCCUUUAUAUACCAAAAAAUAAAGGUCGACGGUGGAGUUUCCCAAAAUGAUUUUAUUAUGCAAUCGUUGGCUGAUUCGACGGGAUUAGAUGUAGAACGUCCAAAAUCUGUUGAGAUGUCCAUUUUAGGAGUAGCAUUCCUAGCUGGUUUACAAUGUGGAUUGUGGAAAAGCAAAGAAGAAAUAUUGAUGUUACGUCAGGUAGAUAAGAUAUUUAAACCAAAUAAAGAAUCACAAUCAUUUUAUCAGCAUACAUAUAACCAAUGGAAACGCGCGGUGGAGCGUUUCAAAAACUGGUACUAACGAUAAUUUCUAAAUAAAAAUCCAUUUUUUAUGAAUAUAUAUAUUAAGAAUUUGUAAUAUUAUAAAAACGGGUCUAAUGUAUUAUACUAUUCGCAAUGUAAAUUAA